AUGGCAAAGAAGAAGAAAGAAAAUACUAACGAGUCCAUUAAGUCGAGAAAAAGUGACUCAGAAGCAGUCGGAAAGAAAAGGCUGUCAGAUGAUGGAAACAAGACCGUGCCCAAACAAUCUAAAUAUAACAAACGAGUUGAUGUAGCGCAUCUUUUGAAUCUGUUAGACGAUCAUCAUACUAACAAUACACCCUCGGAAGAACCAGAAGUAGAAAUUCCAACUGUCGCUGGGCGAUCCUCUCACGACAAUUACGAUUCUUGGCUCUCGUCUGAAAAAGUUGACAAUAACGUUGUUCAAUCAAUUUUGUCUACUUUGAAUAAUUUAGUGAAUCAAGAAAGACUUAUCCAAAAUGAGAGUGAUAAAGUACCCGAAUGCAUACAAAUUGAUUCGGACGAAGAUAUCGAAAAUUGCCGUCCAGCUGCACUAACUUCUGCGCCUGCAGAUCUCAGUUGCUCUGAAAUCAUUGGAUCAAACGAGUCAUACUUCAAUAGCACUGUAAACUCUACAGAAGCCUCGUUCUGCAUGAUGAAUGGAAGUCCCGAAGAGAUCCUGUUGUGCUUUCAAUUCCUAAUUCGAGAGGUUUUCCUAGCUUUCCGUCGAUCGUGUGAUAGUAACAUUAUCUUACGCGAUAAGAAAAUGCCAGAACUGUCGUGGGCAACAGAAUUUCUCAUCCGCAUCAGAGGAAACCAUUUUUAUACUCUAACGAAUUUGUCAUGUACUUUAGCAGGCGACAAGUUCGACUUAACCCAGGUUGCCGAUGUUAUGAAAAACCACAGAGAGAUUUGUGAAGGAAAAUUCAUUUUCCCGAAACUAAAUUAUAAAUGGUCGACAGUUCAGAAGCUGGCUCAAUUUAUUCCGAUAGUUCUUUGUGAUAAGUGCCGAGAGAAUACUCUUGAAGAUGACACUAUCCGAGCACUCUUUGAAAUUUUCGACAGCUUACCUGAGGGUAUAUGUGCUAAUUUCACGAAAUACUCUUCCUCUAACAAAACUAUGCAGAAGAAGCUAUCGGAACAGGCAGACGGAGAAAACUCCGAAAACGUCGAUGAUUUACUCAAGAGAACAAAUAGAUACCGUUUGUUACUAAGAGACAUCUUUUUCGACGUUCCCAGGUCGAGUGACUGCAACAAUGUGCUGAAUAACACGACGAGCUUCAUCCGAAGUGAUAACUUCAGAGUUAACUUUUUGAAAAAAUUGCGGAAAUAUCAUUAUUGUACCACUGAAAACAUGACUGUACAUAUAUCGGAUUCCGUCUACUAUCUUGGAGAUGUACCAGAGUUGUUGCAAAAACAUGACUCUGAAUGUCAAGGAAGCAUCAAAUUCGCAGAGAAUUUCACAGAGCUUCCGUUCAUAGCGAAGUGUGUAUCUCUGCUACCACUACUCAUUUGUCAGGAUUGCAAUCGAUCCGUACUAACAGAAGAACAGCUGAACACUCUGGAUACAGCCUGUACAAACCUUAAAGGUGUAAGUUCUCAUAAAGGAGUCUGUAUAAUUUCCAGAAGUAAAGAUUUCAAUAAAAGGCCGUCGGAUACUCAAAAGGAGAAAACGGAAGAUCCGAAGAAACGAUUUAAGAAGAACAAUGUAACAUAA